CUAGAAGCCUAAAACAAAACCAUCCCAAAGUCAAACUCAAUAAGGGAAUCCACUCAACAGUAGCUCUUGUCGCAAUUUUUAUAUCGUCUAGGCGAACCGGAGAACAUAGCAACGCUGGUCGUCGCAGCAAAAACUGAUGGCGGGCAUCUUCAACUGUUCAACGUUGGAGCUAACUAGAGACACUGAAACGGUGAAACCUCAGCACUUACUACAAUACUCUUUUUCAUUGGGUAAAUCACCAACAUAGGAACACCAGUUCUCAUAUGUCUCCUUCGGAAUCUCCCAAACAUACGAAUCCAAAACAAUGGCCUGUAGUUGCAGAGGCCAGACGACAGGGCUCCAUAUAAAAGCUAGCCAUCGUACCAGUGUAACUUAAUAGGAAGAGAAAGAACCCAGUUGAGAGGGAAAAGAUUAUACACCAAUCUUACAAAACCAAAAAAUGGCUUCACAACGCCAAUGGACGGUGGUACUGGUUCUGAGACUCAGCACUCUGUUCAUCCUGGCAGCCUCUGUUCUUGUUCUGGUCUUCAACACCGUUAAAGUCAGCCUCGAUUUCCGGAACUUCACCCUCGACGAGUUCAAUCCCACCAAGAUCACUUUCAAAGACCUCAUCACUCUCAAGUACUUGCUUGCUGUUGCUAUUAUCGGAGCGCUCUACACAGUUUGCCAGCUCCCUUUCGCAAUCUACCACGUUGCCACAGGAAAGAGGCUGUCCCGAAAUGACUGCAUGCCGGAGUUCGAUUUUUACGGCGACGAGCUCGUGAGCUAUCUUCUGGCCACUGGAAUUGGAGCCGGGUUUCUGGUCUGCGCGGAUCUGAAGGUGAACCUGGAUAAGAUGAUGAAGGCGCUUGAAGAUGCACACGAAGCAGGGCUGCGUGAUUCCAGGGAGAGCUACGACAAUUUCCUAAACAUGGGGACCUUAGCCACCGCGUUGCUUUUCUUGGCUUUCGUUUGCAUGGCGGUCCUCUCUGUGCUCUCUUCAAUCAACCGCAACCACGAUAAAACCAGGUCCAUCUUCGGCUGAGCAUCAACUACCCAGUCAACGACAUUCUGCUUGGCUCUAAACUUUCAAUUUCAAUGCAUUCCUUGUAAUGGAAGAUCUGAAUCUUGAUGAAUAGAUGUUCUUUAUUUCC